UUCCUCGUCAAAAAGGGGGAAAAGAAGAACACGGGGGCUCCAAAUCCGCCGUCCCAAAUUCCCCGCACCUCUCGCUCCCGAAUCCGCCGACGACGAGAUCGAGAGAUCGAGGCGAGGGGCGCGCGUUUGAGGUGGUUGAGCCGCGAGAGCCAUGGUGAGCGCCUUCUUCCUGCUGUGCGGGUGCGUGGACCAGGCGAGCGUCGCGGUGGUGGAGAAGUGGGGGCGCUUCCUCCGCCUCGCCGAGCCGGGCCUCCAUUUCUUCAACCCGUUCGCCGGGGAGUGCGUCGCCGGGACCCUCUCCACCCGCGUCCAGUCGCUCGACGUCCGCGUCGAGACCAAGACCAAGGAUAAUGUCUUUGUUCAGCUUAUCUGCACUAUCCAAUAUCGAGUUGUUAAGGAACAUGCUGAUGAUGCAUUCUAUGAGCUGCAGAAUCCCCAGCAGCAAAUUCAGGCCUACGUCUUUGAUGUGGUCCGAGCCAUAGUUCCAAGAAUGAAUCUUGACGAUCUUUUUGAGCAAAAGAAUGAUGUGGCGAAAGCUGUACUUGAGGAGCUUGAAAAGGUCAUGGGAGAUUAUGGUUAUAGCAUUGAACACAUUCUCAUGGUUGACAUCAUCCCUGACGCUGCUGUACGCAGAGCAAUGAAUGAAAUAAACGCAGCCCAAAGGCUUCAGCUUGCAAGUGUCUACAAAGGAGAAGCAGAGAAGAUUCUUCUGGUCAAGAAAGCAGAAGCAGAGGCAGAGGCAAAACACCUUUCCGGUGUUGGCAUUGCUAGACAGCGGCAGGCGAUAACUGAUGGCCUCAGAGAGAACAUCCUGAACUUCUCACACUCAGUUUCUGGCACCUCAGCGAAAGAAGUCAUGGACCUCAUCAUGGUCACACAAUACUUUGACACCAUCAAAGAACUUGGGGAUGGCUCGAAGAACACCACGGUGUUCAUACCUCACGGUCCAGGCCAUGUCAAGGAUAUCAGCGACCAAAUCCGGAACGGUAUGAUGGAAGCUUCAAGCAGCAAUGUGUAGACCGCCGUUGACGGUGAUUCAGAUGGGAGAUCUUGUUUAUAGUGAACAGUAGGAAAACUAGCACCUUUUGUUUGCGCACCUGGAGUGAACUGUAUACAGCGAUAGAUAACAGGGUGUUGAGUUUUGGCAGAACAAUAAUCUUCGAAAGAAAGAUCACAUGUUUUCGUAUAUGAGUUAAAAUCUGCACUUAUACACGUUAAUAUUCUGUAUUGUGGCAUACUGACGAGAGUACUAAGUGUUUUUUUUUAUUAUUAAUGCAACACUAUUAAGUUCUAUUGGUGCUAGCUACUGAAAGCCAGUAAAUGGAUA